AUGACGUCUUCCGAGCAGUGGCUCGCGCUCAGUGUUGCUCUCCUGUGUUUUUAUGCAGGAGCUGAAUGUAAAAGGAAUUUCAAAUGUCCUUCAGGAUGCACUUGCACCAAGGAGACCAUCAUCUGCGUCGGCACCGCUCAGAUCCCCCGGACGAUCCCCAACGAGAUCAACUCUCUGAGCAUGGUCAAUGGGUCCAUUGCAGAAAUCACAGAGGGGAUGUUUUCUCUCAUGCCUUCGCUUCAGCUUCUGCUUUUAAAUGCAAAUUCUUUGACCACAAUUAAAGAUGAUGCUUUCUCUGGUCUGCCUCAUCUGGAGUAUCUGUUUAUUGAAGGGAACAAGAUCGAAACAAUCACAAAGAAUGCCUUGCGUGGACUGAGAGGUCUGACACAUCUCUCCCUCGCAAAUAACAAGAUGAGGUUUCUGCCAAGGGAUCUCUUUUUUGACUUGGACUCCUUGCUGGAACUAGAUCUGCGGGGCAACUCUUUCCAGUGCAUCUGCGAGAACAAGUGGCUGAUGACGUGGCUGAAAAACACAAACGCCACUGUAUCAGAUGUCUUCUGUGCAGGCCCUAAUGAUAUGAAGGGCAAGCGACUCAACGACCUUCCCAUUCCUCCCGGGGAAUGCAUUUCCACAGACUUUGUGCGUCAUCAGUCCAUUCCCGUUCAGGCCAUGUCGGCGGACAUCUUCUCUUUCAAAGAGGAUAUCUACAUCGCUCUGGCCGCCCCGAACACCAACAGCUGCGUCAUCAUGGAGUGGGACCACAUCGAAAUGAACUUCAGGAAGUUUGACAACAUCACAGGGAAAUCUGUUGUUGGAUGCAAGUCAGUGCUGAUUGAGAACCACGUCCUGAUACUAGUCACCCAGCUCUUUGGUGGCUCCCAUAUAUACAAGUUUGACGACCAACAAAACAAGUUUACCAAGUUUCAAACCGUUGAGGUCUUCAACAUCUCAAAACCAAACGACAUAGAGGUCUUUCAGAUCGAAAACGACUGGUAUUUUGUGAUUGUGGACAGCUCCAAGGCAGGGAUAUCCACUCUCUACAAGUGGAUGGACCAACCGGAACGCAAUGAAACGGGUUUCUACUCCUACCAAUUCCUCCACGAGUGGUUCCGGGAUACAGAUGCUGAGUUUGUCGAGGUGGACGGGAAGUCCUACCUCAUCUUGAUAAGCCGCUCUCAGCCGCCUGUGAUUUACCUGUGGAACAAGAGCACCCUGAAGUUCGUUCUUCACAGCGAGAUCCCAAAUGUGGACGACGUGGUGGCCGUCAAAGCUUUCCGGGUGGAGGGCGACCUGUAUCUGGCCAUGACGUGCUACAUCGGCGACUCCAAGGUCCUCAAAUGGGCCAAUAAGCAGUUCACUGAGAUUCAAGCUCUCCCUUCUCGGGGAGCCAUGAUCCUGCAGCCGUUCACCUUCUCUGACAGACACUAUCUCGCUCUUGGUAGUGAUUACUCCUUCACACAGAUCUACCUCUGGGAUGUUGAAACGAAAACGUUUCACAAGUUCAAGGACAUUUAUGUUCAGUCACCGCGAUCAUUUACUGUGCUCACCAACGACAGAAGGAAUUUCAUCUUCUCUCCCAGUUUUAAGGGCAAAUCUAUGGUUUUUGAGCAUAUAUUUGUAGAUUUAAGCUUAUAAAACUAAUCAAAA